AUUAAGAGCAUUUACCAAACGACUAAUAGAAAAACUACGAAAAUAGUUAUACGACAAUUAAGAAGAAGCAAACAAUACAAAAAUGGAUAGUUCUGAAUUUCGAAAACGUGGCAUGGAAAUGGUCGAAUACAUUUGCAAUUAUUUGGAAACUUUGGGCGAACGGCGCGUUACGCCCAGCGUGGAGCCCGGAUAUCUGAGGCAUCUGUUACCCACUGAGGCACCACAUGAGCCAGAGGAUUGGGAUCAAAUUAUGAACGAUGUCGAGGAUAAAAUCAUGCCAGGAGUGACGCACUGGCAGCAUCCGAGAUUCCAUGCAUAUUUCCCGGCGGGAAACUCGUUUCCCUCGAUACUGGGCGAUAUGCUGGGCGACGGCAUCGGAUGCAUUGGCUUCUCGUGGGCGGCCAGUCCCGCCUGCACCGAACUGGAGACCAUUGUGCUCGACUGGCUGGGCAAGGCCAUUGGGCUGCCGGAACACUUUCUGGCGCUCAGAGAGGGCAGCACUGGCGGCGGCGUUAUUCAGACAUCGGCCUCGGAGUGUGUGCUCGUCACGAUGCUGGCGGCGCGUGCACAGGCGCUGAAGCGUCUCAAGGCGCAGCAUCCGUUCGUGGAGGAGGGCCAUCUGCUGUCCAAGCUGAUGGCCUAUUGCUCCAAGGAGGCGCACAGCUGUGUGGAGAAGGCGGCGAUGAUAUGUUUUGUGAAGCUGCGCAUUCUCGAGCCGGACGAGAACGCGAGCCUGCGCGGACAGACCAUUGGCGAGGCCAUGGAGGAGGAUGAGUUGCAGGGUCUGGUGCCGUUCUUUGUGUCCACCACGCUGGGCACCACUGGCUCCUGUUCCUUCGAUAAUUUACCCGAAAUCGGUAGCCAACUGAAAAAGUUUCCCUGCGUCUGGCUGCACGUGGAUGCGGCCUAUGCCGGCAACAGUUUCAUCUGUCCCGAAUUGAAGCCACUGCUCAAGGGCAUCGAAUAUGCUGACUCAUUCAACACCAAUCCCAACAAAUGGCUACUGACCAACUUUGACUGCUCGACGCUGUGGGUGCGCGAUCGCAUCCGUCUGACAUCAGCGCUGGUCGUGGAUCCGCUGUAUCUCAAGCACGGCUACUCGGAUGCGGCCAUCGACUAUCGUCAUUGGGGAGUUCCACUCAGCCGUCGCUUUCGAUCACUGAAACUGUGGUUUGUUCUACGCUCUUAUGGCAUAUCUGGACUACAGCAUUAUAUACGACACCAUAUCAAAUUGGCCAAACGCUUCGAGGAGCUGGUGCUCAAAGAUAAACGUUUCGAGAUCUGUAAUCAAGUCAAGCUGGGACUGGUUUGCUUUCGCCUCAAGGGCAGCGACAAGCUCAACGAGAAACUGCUGAGCACCAUCAAUGAGUCCGGAAAGCUGCACAUGGUCCCGGCCAGCGUCAAUGAGCGCUACAUCAUCCGGUUCUGUGCCGUGGCGCAGAAUGCCACUGCCGAGGAUAUUGACUAUGCCUGGGACAUUAUUGUGGACUUUGCCAACGAGCUGCUGGAGAAGGAGCAGCACGACGAGAUCACCGAGAUCAUAAAUCGCAAGAAACAGGACACGUUGGCGCAGAAGCGUUCGUUCUUCGUGCGCAUGGUCAGUGAUCCAAAGAUCUAUAAUCCGGCUAUCAACAAGGCCGGCACACCGAAGCUAUCCAUGGAGCUGCCCUCGCCGGUGGUGAGCCGCGGCAGUGCACCCAUAAUACGCACACAAAGCUCUGUGGAUCACAACUCGUGGAUAUCGUGGCCCUUGGCUUUUCUCUUCACAAACAACGACGACAAAGGCAACAAUUGCUCGCUGCGUUUCCGACAUCUGGACACCCAUGUGCGGUCAUCGUCUUCGCGUCGCAAUUCCGGCACUGGUUCCUCCCCAUCGCCAGACAGCGAGACGGGCCAAAUGAAUGUGCAACAACAACAACAACAACAGCAGCAACAAUCGCCACGUAAAUCGCCCAUGGUUCUUCGAAAGGCAUCUUCCUCUCGGGAUAAUCGCGAUUGAACGUCUUACAGCUUAAUGGCAAAACAAAUAAUACUAUGCAAAACUAUUUAAUGCGCGCUGCACAUGUAACUGUGGCGCAUAGUUGACUUCUAGACAAAUUUAUCAAUAGCGAUCUCUCCUAAACAAAUACUUAAAUAAAUACAUAAAUAAAAAAAUUUACAUUCAGAUACAAAAAUCGACCUGAAAUUUACAAAAUCGUCACACUUUCGGCGCCAAGGGCAGCUCACCUUAUUAUUCAGAAAUUAUUUGUGUAAAAACCAGGCUAAUCCUGUUUAAAUUCCCUAUAAUAAGGGAGAUAUAUGUAUAAUUUCCAGCUUUAUUUUUUUAU